AUGAAGUCCUGCAUUCUCCUCGCCGCAGUUGCUGGCUUGGCCAGUGCUGCUCCCCAGCUUGAAAAGCGACAGUACAUUGACUACGAGGCCGUUGUGGACGACUACGUUCCAACAAUUACCGAAGUUCCUGGUCUCAAGACUCAGACUGUCCAAUACGAUCCAACUGCAGCUAUCUCAUCUGCUGCAGCGGAGGUCACUGAAGACCCGCUUCCUCAAAAGAAGCGUGAUUUGGAAGUCCGAAGCGCCUGCGACCCCGAGCCUACCAUCGCCAACACGUACAACAUUGAUGUGUCCAGUCCAUCGGCUUUCCAGAACGAUCCAAAUGCCGCCGCUGCUGCCAACGCUGCAGCUGUUCCCAGUGGCUACUCCCGCAACUUCAAGGCUCUGACCAACACUGUUGUCGGAUACGGCUACCUGGGCUAUCAGCAAAUCAGCUCCUACGACCCACAGCAGUGCGCAACGCGUUGCACUGCCCUCGCUGGGUGCCUUGGCUUCAACCUUUUCUUCGAAAGGGCUCCUGUUGCCACACCUGGAGACGACUGCCCUAACCCUGCGCCUUUCGCCAACAUCAAGUGUGCAUUCUGGGGCGGUCCAGUCGAAUCCGUUGGUGCUCUCGAUAGCAACGACACCCGCUCUGCCUUCCAAGUCGUCUAUGCGGGCAGCAACGGCUAUACGACAACUGCUGUCCAGCAGAUCGCAGGCUACUCGGCUCCAACUAUCUUGAAGAAUGUCUCUAUCAACGCUCCAUUGGACUGCAUUAACCGCGAUACGUAUAUGGGCUUCAAGCUUUUCACAUCCGGCGCAUAUGACACCCGUCUGUGCACUGCGGCCUGUGAAUCUCAGAAUGUCUACAACAAGCAGUACCCACCGCAGGACAUCACCCAGCUCAAGCUUUGCAAGUUCAUCACUUCGUACCUCUUGCUCAAGAACGGUGAGCCGGAGGGUCAGUUCUGUGUCAUGUACACGCAGGCUUGGGAUCAGAGCUAUGGGACCAACGACGGCCAGUGGCGUGGUGAUGAUCACUACACAAUCCAGUACAGCUUCAGCUACAGCAACGCUACUGACACUGGCCUGCCUGUAUGCCCAAAUCAGGUGUCCUACUUGCAGACUUCUGGACAGGAAUUUUGCACGUCAUACAUCCACUACAGCGCCCCAACUUCCACCGCGGUGUCGACGGCUUACAGCACGCCAGCUACUUCCACAGUCCGAUCUACCUCUACCAGCACUGUGACUGUGUACAGCUACACAAGGACCACGACCAUCACUGGCUACGGAUCGUCGACAUCGACCUCGACGGUGCCUCCUAUGAAGAGAGAUGCACCUCCGACCGCGAGCCCAACUACCCUGGACGAGGCUUCAGCCUAUCCGAUCGACCCCGCCGCUACUUCUGGGGCUUAUGUUGUCUCAAUCCUCUCGUCCGUUGUCCCAGCCUACACCAACAAGGUUGUCGAUAGCGUCGUCGCCAGCACAAGUGCUGCUCCCCAGAGGCGCGAAGUCCCCGAGAAGCGUGCAGCAGCACCGGUCGAACAGGCUGUCGAAGAGAAACGAGCGGCACCAGCACCAGCUCCAGCUCCAAUCGAGGCUCAUGCCGUCGCAACUCCAGCGUCUGCCUCCAACUGGCCUGCAUCAGUCCUUUCUAGUGCUUGCUCGUCUGUAGCCACCGGCACAGCGACAACAACCCGAACGACCACCCUCACCGCAGCAACACCUCUCUACACCAGCUAUACCUCCACAACGACCACGACAACCAUCACCACCGUCUCGACGCAAACUGUUCCCCCCGUCGUCCUCUCCUCCGCCACUGCUGUCGUAGGCAGCAUCAACGGCUCCCCCUCAAGCUACGACGACUCUUACUACGCCCUCAACCUGCCCUUUUCCAUCGGCACCUUUGGCUCCUACAGCAGCUCCAUCUACCUCGGCAUCAACGGCUGGGUCGGCUUCCCCGGUCGCUCAGGCACGUACGUGAACACCGCUCUGCCCGCCAGCAACAUGCCGGAUACCUGCAUCAUGGCUCUUUGGGAUGAUCUGUACAUCUACCAAGGCACCCAGCAGGGUAUCUACUACCAAGUCUCCGGCGCGACAGGCACCCGUGUCAUUACCUUCGAGUUCUACACAUCCGCCUACCAGCGUCCGUCAGAGUACUAUCACUUUACUAUGACCUUCUACGAAGCCACGCCCGCCAUCACCUUGUUCAAGUACUACGACGUGAGCUUGUCUGGCAGCUCCGCGACUGUGGGUGCACAGAAAGUAUCUUCGAACAAAGUCUCGCAGUACUCGUUCAACCAAGCCGUCCUCUCGCCGGGCAUGACGCUGACGCUGAACACAACUACCGGGAGCGGAGUGUUCACGGCGGGAACGUUUGAUCGCAAUGCUCCUUCUUAG